CCUUAUCAGAGUAUCAAACCACAACUUUUGAGCAGAAAACAUCACACGCAAAACAAACAAGACCAAAAAAAAUGGCUUCUGCUUCUGUUGCAACAGCUCUACCACUUUGUUCUUCAAUCAAAAACAAGCUGAAAAACCCAUCCUCCCAAUCCCUUUUCAGACCACUACCAGUAACACAACCAAAGAGAAUCACACAGUCAAAAUCCAAGGUUGUGAUUAAAGCAUCUUUGAAAGAGAAGGCAGUGACAGCACUUACAGCUGCAUCCUUGACAGCUUCCAUGGUUAUACCUGAUGUGGCUCAUGCAGCUGGAUCUGAUCUCUCACCUUCUCUCCAGAACUUUCUGCUAAGCAUUUUUGCUGGUGGAGCUGUGUUAACUGCUAUACUUGGAGCUGUUAUUGGAGUUUCCAACUUUGAUCCUGUUAAGAGAGCUUAAAUUAAGUAUGUCUAGAAAAGCUUUUGAAUUUUAUGAGCUUUUGAUUUAGUUUCUGGCUUGUUUGUAUGUAAUAUGUUUAUGCAACUGGUUUUCGUAUAUGUUUGCUUACUUAACAGUUAAUUUCAGCUUCUCCUUAUCUUAAGUUCUCUA